GCGAGGUCUGACCUACAUGAAGCUCCAACUCCCAGUUUUGUGAAUAGCUGUCUUGUCCCAGCAAUGGAUUCUGAGACCGAUUAUUAAGGAAUUACACCUCUUCCAAACUAUGUCGCCGCAACAAGAUAACAUUGGUCAGAGUCGUUCCUCUUCGCUGUCGGGGGAAACUCAAAUACCGCGCCGCGGAGGGACCGAGAAGAAGAAAAUGAAGAGUCUGGCCCAGAGACGACAAUCGGCCCCCUCUUUGGUGAUUAGCAAAGCACUUAACAAAACCAGAACACUCUCCAGAGAAAGCUGCCAGUCUCCUGUAAGUCCGGAGCUCUGUCCUCUUGUUCAGUCCAUUACAGGACCGCACAGAACAUUCCUUAUGGAAGGACAUGUUCAGCUCAAGACUGGUCUCCAAACCCAAGACCGCCAUCUCUUCCUGUUCAAUGAUGUAUUAGUCAUAGCGAAAUCAAAAUCAGCAUCUUAUUUCAAGCUGAAAAAACACGUGAAAGUCAGUGAGGUUUGGACGGCAUCCUACAUGGAUGGAGUGUGUGAAGGAAGUACGAAGGUAGAACAAUCCUUUGUAAUGGGCUGGCCCACCACAAAUUGUGUGGCCACUUUCAGCUCGACUGAACAGAUGGAGAAAUGGCUUUCGUGUCUCCAAAGCUGCAUUAAAGAAGAGAAAGAGAAAGAACAUCCAAAAACUAUUCCUUUGAAGAUUAUUACCCGGAAUGUGGCAAGCUGCGUAUAUUCAAAGGUCUUAACAGUGAAGAACACAGACACAGCAAAUGAUGUCGUUGCCAUGACACUUCAACAAUUUGGCAUCACGGGCAAUCCUAAAGAUUAUCAACUUUGGGUCAUCUCUGGCAAAGAAGAUACUCCCUAUCCUCUUAUUGGUCAUGAAUAUCCUUUCAGCAUUAAAAUGAGUCGCAUUCAAGGUGCAAGUGGACGGACACAAGGGAUCAAGGACUCGAUCUAUCGAGAUUUCCAGGCGCCGUUCGUUGUGGAGCAGCUGCCAGUGGAGAUGCAGUGCCAAUUCAUCUUGAAGCCAAGUCACCUAGCAUCGUUUCAGCAGAUGGCUGAUCCAAAUCAAAAGCAAUGCAAAAGGAAAAGAUCAAUAAUGAACUGGGCUUUCUGGCGUGGUUCUGCGACUCAUUUAGACAGCUUGCCUCUGUCCCCUACUUCCAUAACACCAGGAAGACUCUUUGGCCUUCCACUGUCAACCAUCUGUGAGAAUGACAAUUUCCCACAGCCUAUCAUGGACAUGUUCUCCUUUCUGUUUUAUGAAGGACCAUUCACCAGCGGUAUUUUCAGACGUUCAGCAAAUGCCAAGUCCUGCAAGGAGCUGAAGGAGAAGCUAAAUUCUGGAGCUGAAGUACACUUAGCCAGCGAAUCUGUGUUUGUGACUGCUGCUGUGUUCAAAGAUUUUCUUCGGAAUAUUCCCGGCAGCAUCUUUUCUUCAGACCUGUAUGACGAUUGGAUGGCAGCAAUGGAAAGGAGCAGUCAUGAAGACAAGAUAAAGGAAAUUCAAAGAUUGCUGGUCCAGCUCCCAAAACUGAAUGUCUUCCUCCUGCACUAUGUGUUUGGAGUCCUUCACAAAAUCGAGCAGCAGGCUGAGAAAAACCAAAUGAACGCCUUUAACUUGGCCGUCUGCAUCGCGCCCAGCAUCCUGUGGCCCUCCACACACAGCAGCCCCGAAACAGAGUGCAACUCAACAAAGAAGGUUGCCUUGUUUGUGCAGUUUUUAAUUGAAAACUGCUCCAGGAUUUUUGGAGAUGACUUCACUUCUCUCUUUGAAGCAUUAUCAUCAAAAAGGUUUGGGAGUAGAGAUGAUGGUUCAGAUCUCCAUUCAUUUCAAAUGCAUGACUCCUCUUACAACAGUCUGGAAAAUGAGCUCAAUGAUGAAACCGACUCCACUCUAAUGACAAAACGAAGGCAAGAAAAUAGAAGCAGGGAUUCGGUUCUGUCCUGGAGUGACUGUGAUCUUGACCACCCCGAGGAUGAGACAGUUUGUGUAAAGGUUCCGCCGGCAAUUAAGUCAUUGCAAAUUCCUUCUGCUUGCCUGAGGGGAAGUAUGGUUUGCCAGUUCACAAAAGAUGCCCUCCUGGAAUCCAAUGGUUCGUGUUACUCGACUUGCGAGAGGUUGACAGUCCCCAGAAGACACAGGAGGAGCUCUGAACCCAAUAUAGUUCCUCCGACCUCACAGUUCGCCCAGCCACGCCAGAUUCACACCACUGUAAUCCGCAAGACUAGCUGUGAUGCCGUCCUGAGACAGACAGCCGAGGACUGCAUUGAUCAGCUACAAAUGCUGCAGAUCGGGGCGCAGAAAUUCACAAAACAAAGUGUAAGACUGAGUGCUGAUUUGGGUGAGUCCAGAAAUGGUGGCCGUAAAUCAGAUCGAAAGGGAUCAUCGAGUGGUGGCCAACAUCAGCCACCUCCUCCCCUUAAAAUUAAUGUCUCUUCCGUAACCAGCAGUUCCCAGUCCAGUCCCUCUUCUCCAGGCACUCCACUCUCAGCAUCCCCAAUGAGUUCAUGUGACAGUGUUUUUUCACACAAUGCAGAAUAUUUUGUGUUCAGUUCAAGGGAGACCCCCUCUGCAUUUUGUAAUACCACUCGGCCGCAGAAAGGCCAACUAGCGAGGCCAACUAGCCCCAGAGGCCAACUAGCUUCUGGAUACCUGCUCACUGGAUAUUGUCCAGCUUCCCGCUCGGCUGCACAAGACCAACACGAGAGGUCAGCCAGUGCGACAGAGGAUAGCUCUACCUGCAUCACUGGGAAGAGCCCAGUCAAUAAAUGGAGAAAAGAAAGUGGAACUUGCACGCUGAGGAAAAGGGGGAAGCUUGACGGCAAAAGUGAUUCAUCCUGUGAAGGAAAUGGAGAGUUACCUGAAUCGGAAGGUAUGGUUCAAAAUAUGGAUAAAAGCCAAUCUGUAGGUUCUCCGUCUGAUCAGGAGGGAGUUAGGUCACCGCUGCCUAAUCUGGCUGCAAAAGAGAAAGGAUUGGUGGUCGGGCCUAUGCGACCUUUAUUUCACCCUGAUUCACAACAAUUCACAAGCAGCUCCAUUACUUGCGGUUUUCCUUUGACAAGCACCGCCAACAAGGCUUUUCCGGGACAGAGUGAGCUUUAUCAGAUUCCUCAGACUGUUUUUUAUGGGCAGAAUUCGUCGUUAUGUUCUCAGUCAAAACCAUGUCAGCAGUCAUCGCCUUCCAAGACGGGUGUAAGUUUUGGGCCAAGCACGUCCGAUGGACACUCUACUGAACGGCUUCCUUGUGCCCAUUGUGAGUAUCGCAACCCCGGCGAGAGUUCCAGCAAUGCCGGGGUGUCCGAGAAAGAGGGUGGGACGUCCCAGGGAAAGAAACUGUUCCCAUCCGAGCGCAGACCCCACACAGCCGUGUGGGAACUCAGCAGCGGGCACUCUGAGACUCUCUCCAGCAGCGCAGUGCAAGUAGUUGAGGAUUACUUUUUCCAAAAUGACUCCGAGAACUGUUUGAUAACAACACAAGAAGUGACUAGAGCUGUGAUUCAGAACAAAAAAGAGUGGCAAAAACAGUGGUGCGCCAAUCCAAAAUUGGAAGACUUUGACCAGGUGUUUUUCUCAGAAGAGUCUUAUGUGUAAUACUCUGUUGGAAAUAUUGUCAUUAUUUAUUUCCAAAACGUACUUAGAAAUGCGUUAACCUUGAGACAAUUCGCGCUAGCUUCUACUCUUUUUAGAAUAUCGAUUUAACAGUCCAAAUAGUUGUCGACACAUUUUUGACAAAUGUCAAAGUUUGUAUUUUACAAUUGUGCUGAAUAAUACAUAUAAAUGUCCACUGAAGAGCUAAAAUGUAUCCACUUCUGAUUUAACAGAAAUAAUUUCUAUAAAUCAACUAUGAUGCUCUAAAUCUCCAAACUGCUAAACACAGGUAUCAAGGAGCUGCCCCAGCUAUUGUGCCUGGCCGACAUUAUCUGACGACAUUAAGGGUUAACUUAAUCAACUGCCCUGUAUUUUAAGGUAACCAUUUAGUUAAACAUAUUCUUGAUUGUCCCAUCUGAUUUUGCCAUGGGACAUCAUUAUUUUCUUGUGGCUGAUAACAAGGCUGUGUUAGCAAUUCCCUGAGUAGCCCCAGCACUAUAAUACUCUUGUAAGCAUCCAAUUUAUUGCGAAUCAAGAAGCCUUAAACCAGAUAAAGAUGAGGGGAGGCCUGGAGGCAGGAAGACUUGAGUUGCUUAAUAUUUUAGUUAUCAACAUUGCAGCCUUAUCAACAUGACCUGCUUUGUUGACUGCAAGUUAUACCCUUAGUACUUCACAGCAGUAGAAUGAGAUUGACGGGGAAAAAUAGAUCAGCCAUGAGCCGUGGGCAGCACAGUGGUGCAGUGGUACAGCUCACAA